AUGACGAAAAUGACGAAAAUUGCUAGCGAGGCGGUAAUGAGGAGUUUAUCUCUCUUGAAUGUGGAAAUACUCGAUGGUUUGUUACUAUAUAAGUGCGAAAACAUACAGACCAAGAUUCGAUUCCUACAGAAAAUCAAGGAAGAAAGAAAGAACAUUUAUAGGAGAGGUGAGCCCCUAGAUCAACAGACACAUCUCAAGCAAGCAGACAACGAUAGGAGGCGACGUUACUCUACGGUGAAUGGCAUCUUCGCUCAAUAUACUCAAAGUCAAAGUACAAACGUUAAACAGGAGGAAGGGAAGGUGCUAGAGCAAAAAAUCCCACUCGAAAAGGUAGCACAACGAGCGGGUGAUCAUCGAUCAUACGGCAAACGACAGAAAACUUCGCAAGAAUACAUGAUUCCAAGCAUGGAAAUCAACCAUAUCUCUUACUAUUCUAUCACGCCAGAAUCGCCAGAUUUGCUUCAAAUGACCGGAUGGAUCACGCCAAAAGAGCCCACGAAGACCGGGGCCAGUUCAUUUGAAGAUCGAUAUCAUGUCAUGUAG